UGACCAGUACAAUGUCAGUAAAUAUGUAUUUUACGGAAGGUGAAGAUUCUCUGAUUCCCAUGAAUUUAUUGGGAUUAGGAUUGUCGAACUAGAUAGAGCGAUUGCAGUUGCAGUGAGCAGUGAGCAGUGUGCAGUGAGCAACCAUUCUUACAGUUACCAACACAGAGCAGCCAUGGCGGGUUUAGCGGUCAGCAGCGGCAGCCACGAGCCGGCGGCGAAGGUGCUCCGGAGAAUCCUGGAGAGCCCGGGGGUGCACCUAGGGCCAGCAUGUUUCGAUGGUCUGAGUGCGAAGCUGAUAGAAGGCGCAGGGUUCUCGUAUUGCUUCACGAGCGGAUUCUCGAUAUCGGCUGCGAGGUUGGGGUUGCCAGACACUGGGCUGAUCUCUUACGGUGAAAUGUUGGAUCAAGGCCGCCUCCUUACUGAAGCUGUCUCCAUCCCUAUCAUUGGCGACGCUGACAACGGCUAUGGCAAUCCCAUCAACCUCAAGCGAACCGUCAAGGGCUUCAUCCGAGCUGGUUUUGCCGGAAUCCUUCUUGAGGAUCAGGUCUCUCCCAAAGCAUGCGGCCACACACGGGGAAGGAAGGUGGUUUCCCUGCAAGAGGCUGUCAUCAAGAUUAAAGCCGCCGUCGACGCCAGAGCUGAGAUCGGCUCUGAUAUUGUCAUCGUUGCUCGCACUGAUGCUCGCCAGGCUGUCUCCCUUGACGAAGCCCUCCUCAGGACUAAGGCUUUUGCAGAUGCUGGAGCCGAUGUUCUCUUCAUUGAUGCACUUGCUUCUGUUGAAGAGAUGCGAGCUUUUUGUCAGGUUUCUCCUCACAUUCCAAAAAUGGCCAAUAUGCUUGAAGGUGGAGGCAAGACACCAAUACUCACUCCUCAGCAACUUGAAGACAUUGGUUAUAAAAUUGUUGUUUAUCCUCUUUCCUUGAUUGGUGUCUCUAUUCGAGCAAUGCAGGAUGCACUCGCUGCCCUUAAAGGAGGCCGCAUUCCUCCUCCUGAAAGCAUGCCGUCUUUUGAAGAAAUCAAGGAUAUCGUAGGGUUCAACACCUAUUAUGAAGAAGAGAAGCGUUAUGUCACAGGCGCUUCUUCAGAGGGAGAUAUUUCAAGGGACCCUUCUUCUGGGGUGCGACCUCAGACGCUGAGAGUUAAAGUAGCUGACAAAGAUGGGCUUGAGAAACUUGAUCUCAGGAUUCCUGCUGGAUCUUUGGACGGGCUCACAACUAUAGUUCCUGCUUUGGCUGGUGUGAACAUCAAAGAACUGGUGGAUGAUGUAGUUGAGGGAAAUGGGGGGAAAAAGCUGUUAGAUUUUAGUGACAGUAUGGAUGAAAGGAUCCAGGUAUUUCUGGAGUGAUUCCAUAGUGCUCGAGUUUCUUGGUUCCAACGGAAAUCCCAAGACAAAUUAGCUGGAGCUGAGGAUUGAGAGAUACCAUGAAGCCGGAGCAUGUAGUACUGUGGUUAUUGACAAAUUGUGUAAAGAUGUAUUACUUUACUUUUAAUGGCAUGUUGAAAAUACCUUGUUUCUAUCAUCUGGGUAGUCUCAUAAACGCGAAAGCAAUACCCUGUGUAUUAAUUAUGGUUGUGAAAUGUUGAGAGACAAUGUCAUGGAUUAGUAGUUUUCCGAGCAACUAUGGUGAUUUCCACCAUCAACUUACUCCACCACUUUUACCUUGUGAUGCUCCUGUGGGACAAAAUUCA